AUGCCUGUACUCACUCUUCAUCUCCUCACGCUUAACAAAGCGACCGACCCCCAAUCAUUCAUCCACCAGCUCAAACAAUCCACAACCAAAGUCGUCGUCGCCUCACGUCCCAGGCACACCGUAAUCCACCCAUCCAUUCUAGACAACAGCCCACUAGCCACGACAAAGUGGGACCUCUUGCUCCUCCUCCAGAGCACCUCAGCACCAAGCGAAGAUCCAAUCCCAUCCGAACUCCGCCAAUCAAUCAUCUCCGAAUACAAGCUCACUACCGGGAUUCCAUCAAAGCUUAUCACCAGCUAUCCGGCCCGAGAUGCCGAGCUCAAGGCCAAUGCAUCUUCAAUCCCGCUCACCGGCUCCCUAGAUAAGAUUAUAAACGACGGUGCCAAAGACACAUCACAAAAUCUAGAAGUUUCCCCCGAGCUGCUGGAUUUCAUGACCACGGUCUCGAAAACACACCCGGGGCCCGUCACAAUGCUAAACUUGUUGCACUUCCACCAUCCCAAUGGCAAGCAGAACUACUAUCAGUAUGGUCAAGCGUUUGGACCCGUCGCAGGGAAACGAGGUGGAAGUGCGAAGUUGGUCGGGAAUGUGGUGCCGCCUGGCCAGGGACGGGAUUCCCGGGGCUCGAGUGACCGGCCUGCGAAUGAGUGGUGGAAUGAGAUCUCGAUCGUGCAUUACCCUUCUAUUCGCCAUUUUUGCGAUAUGUUGGCUGGUGAUGAUUAUCAAGCCAUCAAUGGGAAGUAUCGGCUGUCGGCCCUUCGGGAUACAUUCCUAUUGUGCACGACCGAGUUUGACGUGGAAGAAGCGGGCAGUGUGAAGCUGUGA